UAUGGAAAAACUCCAUUCAAACAUGCUGUAAAUCCACUUAAGACUUGUACGUUCGAUGCUAUAUACCAACUCGGCGACUCAAUCUCCGACACCGAAAAUCUCAUUCGUGAAAACCCCAACACUCCUUUUUCUCAUCUUCCUUACGGCCAAUCUUUCUUCAACAAUCCCACCGGUCGAUGCUCCAACGGUCUACUUAUGCUUGAUUUCUUUGCUUUAGAUGCCGGACUUCCUUUGGUGGGUCCUUACUUUAAUAAAGAUGGUUCGAUGGAUCAUGGAGUCAACUUCGCAGUGGCUGGUUCUACAGCUUUACCUUCUCAACAUCUUUCUACAAAUUACAAAAUUUUAUCUCCAGUUACCAACUCUUCUCUCGACCAUCAACUUCAAUGGAUGUUCUCUCAUUUCAACUGUAUUCGUCACAAACAAAGAGGUGACAGUGCUUUGUUCUUGGUGGUUGAGAUCAGUGGCAAUGACUAUAAAUAUGCAUUAUUCCAAGGCAAAACUAUACAAGAGGCCAAACACAUGGUACCAGAUGUUGUUCGAACCAUUAAGAGUGCCGUUGAGAAAGUAAUAAGCUACGGUGCUACUCGAGUUGUUGUUCCUGGAAACUUUCCCAUUGGAUGCUUCCCUAUCUAUCUCACUGGAUUCCAUACUGACGACACAUCCGCUUACGAGGAGCUUCACUGCUAUUUUUAUUUCUUCUCUAAUUUAAUCAAAUAUGGCAUAGAAGGUUUUGCUUUUAGUUGUGUGGAGUGUGGGGAAUAA